ACUCAUCCCGACAGAUACAAAGGAAGGUUAUCACCAAAAUCGAUAAUGAAAUACUUUUUCGCGUUUUUGGCUUUUGCUGCUGUGUGUAUUAUAGCCUCAGCUAGUCCCGUUGAUAACAGCGGUCGGUAUUAUCAUGGCCAGUACUAUGAUGGUCGAUAUUAUAAAAACCGUGAUUUUUACAAUCAACGCCGUUAUUAUGACAAUUUGUUGAAACCCUACCGGGCCGAUGUGGUUGCCAAGGAGUCACGCAUUGUUGAACAGAAAGUGGAACCCGCCGUUGAUGGCAACUUUGCCUAUCAAUUCGACACCGAAAAUGGAAUUCAUGCUGAGGCUCGCGGUACCAGUGUAAAUAUUGGCGCAGACGAACCUGCCCAGAAAAUUGAAGGUUCAUUUGCCUACAUUACUCCAGAAGGUCUUCGGGUGGGAGUUCGUUAUGUUGCCGAUGAAGCUGGUUAUCGUCCAGUCUAUACUUUUGAUGGAUUUGAAGCUGUUCAACAUGCCAAUUCCCAACCAGCUGCCAAUGUUGAAAUUACCAAAAUCCAUUAAAAAAAUAUUUUCCAAAAACUCUUGACAAUUUUUAAAGUUAUUUCUCAUAAUUAAGACACAUGGGCAAACAAAUAAUAAACAAUAUUAUCCUAAUACAAAAA